AUGGAGCUGUUCCGCACUGACACUCAUUUUAUCUUUGUGAAAGAGAGGCAUAGCCUCUGGUGUGACAAGUAUACCGGUGAAUUCGCCGCAAAAUCAGAUUGGGAAUGGGCCACGCCGAAAGAUUUAGAAUGUCUGGGGAUGUUUUAUGGAAUAGUCGGAAAAAUUGAACAGACAUCAGUAUUGGAACCUCGCUUGAUGCUCAUAAAGGAUAUCACACCAGCUGGAGAAUUACAUGGCGGUCACGUUGUUUACAAAAUUAAAUCAAUCGCAUUUCUACAUAUUGGCACGGAGAAUAUGGAUAUCGGUUUACUACCUUGUAAGAAACAUCAAUAUGUAUUGAAGAAGAAAGGAAGCAGUGGACUAUUUGAUGUGCCACAGAAAGCAGCUUUAGCGAAAACCUGGGGUACAAUCAAGAAUGCCACAAAUACUAUAAAAAAUACUACACAGCAUGCUGCCGCAUUGGCUACAUCUCAAAUGAAAUCCACAGUGAUCAAACGCAGCAUAGUAAAAGAUAAAGACAGAUUUGAAAAGAGAAUUUUGGAAGAACUGAAUAAGAUAUUUACCGAAACUGAUUCAUUUUUCUUUUGUCAGACUGGUGAUAUUACUAAUAGUUUGCAGCGACAAUGCAUAAUGGAAUCUCAGCAUGGACAAGGCAAUCAAGAUAAGCCAUUAUGGCAACGUGUAGACGACAGAUUUUUCUGGAACAAACAUAUGUUACAUGACAUUAUUAAUCUAAAUACAGAUAAAGCAAACUGUUGGAUAUUACCGAUCAUUCAAGGAUAUGUUCAAAUAGAAAAAUGCAUAGUCGAGGUAGGUUUUGACGAGCAACCGCAACAAGAGAUAUUUAAUUUGGCGAUUAUAUCGAGAAGGAGUAGAUUCCGUGCUGGAACUAGAUACAAGAGACGUGGAGUGGAUGAUGAUGGCAAGUGUGCAAAUUAUGUUGAGACUGAACAAUUAGUUUGGUAUCAUGAUCAUCAAGUAUCUUUUGUACAAGUACGAGGAAGUGUGCCAGUAUAUUGGUCUCAACCUGGGUAUAAAUAUAAACCUCCACCACGGAUUGAUAAAGAUGAGGCUGAAACGCAGAUAGCAUUUGAAAAGCAUUUUGGUGAAGAACUUGCGUUUUAUGGGCCUAUUUGUAUUGUUAAUCUAGUCGAACAGACUGGUAAAGAAAGGAUUAUUUGGGAAGCUUAUAGUAAUCAUGUAUUUAAUUAUAAUCAUUCAGAUAUAACAUACACCAUUUUCGAUUUUCAUGAAUAUUGUCGAGGAAUGCAUUUUGAAAAUGUGUCUAUUCUGGUUAAUGCAUUGGCUACGAUGCUAGCAAAUAUGGGUUACUGCUGGCGCGAUAAACAAGGUACGAUUUGCGUGCAAAAGGGCGUGUUCCGUGUAAAUUGCAUAGAUUGCUUAGAUAGAACAAACGUGGUGCAAACCGCUCUGGGUAAAGCUGUUAUGGAAAUGCAGUUUUCAAAACUGGGACUAAUACCACCUGACGGAAUUCUGCCUGCAAAUAUAAGACAGACUUUCCAAUCGCUUUGGGCUAAUAAUGGAGACAUUAUUAGCAAGCAAUAUGCAGGAACAAAUGCUUUAAAGGGAGAUUAUACACGUACUGGGGAAAGAAAAUUUACUGGGCUGAUGAAAGACGGCAUGAAUUCCGCAAACAGAUACUAUCAACAACACUUUAUGGAUGACUUACGUCAGGCGGCAAUAGAUACGCUGCUAGGGAACUCGAUUGAUGUUCACCAACUGAACAACGAUUGGUUACACUAUUUAGAUAUCCUUGAUAAUUGCUGUCUUGAACUUAUACCUAUGAAACCACCAAAUAUACAACUUCAACUUGCUACUCAUCCUGACUUCCUUUAUGCCACUGCUCUAUAUAAUUUAGCAAGAUAUUACUUAAAUCGUUUCAAGGAUGUGUACAGACAAGCGACGAUUGAUAUGAUGUUGGGAAAUUCAGUAAGCGAAGAAGUAUUUUUAGAACGUACGGACGAGGAAGAUAACGCGGCAACUGCGAUUCACGUGAAAUUACUGAUUGAAGAUUGCAAAAAAUUACUGAUACCUGAUCCAGAAGUUAUUCUAGGCAGUUGGGGAGUUAUUGAUGCUGAUCCUAUUACUGGUGAUCCAACCGAGACGGAAAUGGACACUAUUUUAAUAUUGACUCGAGAUAGUUAUUACAUUGCUGAUUAUGAUGAUCAAAUCGAUAAAGUUACGAACUAUCAAAAAGUUUUAUUAGAUGAUAUUGUUUUAAUUGAAUUUGGUCAACCUGAAAACAUGGUCUCAUUUUUCAAGAAUAAACAUUACUACUGUAUUAGAAUUAAUUAUAAAGUAAACGGCGAUUACGGUUACUUUCAUAUGUUUCGUAGUACAAAUUUAAGAUUUUUCAAUAAUAUGGCGGUUGUGAUCAAAACUGAAGAGGAAAGCAUUGAAUCUUUGAAAGCAAUUUGUGAAGCUAUCUCAAUAGCCAUGGAGAUAGCAAACUUACCAAAAGUUCCCGUAGCUAUGAACGUUACGUUAGAUAAAAGAAAGAGUAAAUUAGUGAAUGUUAAAGGUUCUACUGGAUUAUUGGACAUUUCAUCGCUUCCGGAACUGACAAGAAAUGUAUCUGAGACACAGUUACUUGCUUUAAAAACAGCAGGUACAAAAGCUUUAAGCAAUAUGUCGGAGCAAUUUAGCAAAUUGAAUAAACUGAGUCAGAGUUUCAGUGCAAAGAAGCCAAUUGAUUUAGCGAAGAAUAUAAGUAAUAGACCGACGGAGAAGGUAUCUAAGCCGAUUUUUACAGUUGGUAACAGCAAUAUCUCAGGCAAUGCAGAAGAGAAGAGUAACAGUAGUAGCAGCAGCAGUAGCAGCGAGAAUAUCGAAAUGACACACAUACAUGUCGAGAAGCCAGAGAACUUCAGUCAUGACAAGCAUUUGAUGGAAGCUUAUACACCAUUGAUUGGUAUUAUUAUGGGUGUGAAAAAUACCAAUGUUGUGGAUGGUAGUGUUUGCGAUUCUAAUGUAAACGAGGAAGUUUCCAAGAAGAUGAGACCUAACAAUAUGAAUUUAAAUUCAAAACCUGAUGUAGCCAUUGAUGCAUUACAUCUGAUUCCGCAAACUGGAUCCGGUACUAGUACUCUCAGCACUUCACCGCAGAAGACUACGGCAACGACGCCAGAGAUAACAGUAUACGAUACAGGAGAUAAUAUAGGCGAGGAAAGAGAUCGCAUGAUUCCACUAUCAAGCUUAUCGCUUACCAAGAAUAUUAGUCAUUCGACAGGGGAUGUUGAUAAUAAAGCAUCGAUUGGUGUUAAGAGCACUACUCUUCAAACGGAUAAUAGAUUGGAUGAAAAGAAAAGAUCAGCCUCGGAACAGGAUUUGACGUUGAACAUUACAUCGUCCCAAAGCGAAUCUGCCUUAAAAUCCAUAAAGGAAAAUAUCGCGAGCGUUACUAGUCCUGUAGCAUCUACAGCCAAAGAUAUUUUGUUGCCGUUCUCCAAAUUUGCAAAAGGUGUUCAAACGUUAGGAGCUAAUUUAGACCCUAGAAAAUUAAAGACAGGCCAAGUAAUGCGAAAUUUGUCGGAACACCAUUUGGAGGAGCGCCAAAAACUUCAGGAAAGAUGGGCCUCUUGUCAAUCUAAACUUAUUGCUUUAUAAACUCUUUACCCGAAUAACUAGCUUUUUG